AUGGACGCAACACAAACCCAACCCCUGGCCGACCGCUCCACCAACACCCACCUGGGCGAGAAGACCGACCUCAAGGGCGACCUCUCAUCGAUGGAGUACCAUCGCCAGGUCCUGCAGGACAAAGUCGCAAGCGAGGAACAACCAACCUCCUACGUCUCCCCCUCCGAUGAUAUCAUGAGCCCCUGCACAAAGAAACUGAGCGACAUCAAGGGCAAGCGUUUCAAGAACGCCGGCAAGCCCCAGUCACUGUUCGCCAAGCUCGGCAAGAAGAGCUACGAGCAGUCCUCGGCCGAACAGGGCCGUGAGAAUUAG